AGAUGGCGGAUGUUGGAAGCAUAUUUUGACAACUAUUGAGAAUUUGUUAUUUUGGUCUUCUUGACCCGAAAAAUGAAUCCUAAUGGGAAGCAAUUAAAGAAUGACCACUUGUCUUCCAUGGUCAUGAGUUUUUUAAAGAAAAGGAAUUUCAGCAAUGGCGAAAAUUCGAGUGCAAAGUCGUCCCAACACGUGGCUGUGGAGGAUGUUGCUUUGAAGAAUUCUGUGGACAUCGAAUCUGGUGUUCCCAACGUAUUGUCAUUCAGUGUUAACAACUUAGAUCCUAGUAGCUACGAUGAACAGUACGGAAGCCUAAAAUCUUUUAUUACUGGAGCUAACCCAUCAUAUAGACAAGAACUUAUCCAAAUUCUUUUCCCAGUUUUUGCAAAUUCCUAUCUCGAUCUGAUUGCAAAAGGAUUUCUGGUCAAUGCUCAGAACUUCCUCUCAAAGUACAGCAGUGAUYUGGGUGUAGAAUUUAAAGAAGAUAUUCAAAACCUACAGGCAAUCACUGACUCUGAACGACUGAAAUCCAGUGAUACUGCGGCUAACUUCAGGCGUAGUAAAUACAGUAUAAGUCUCAGCCACAAAGUGUUUACAUAUUUUAUGCAGUAUUUAAGAAGUAGUGAUCAUAUGCUACUUCUUCAGUUAAUCAACAGGAAUUUUGCAAUCGAAAUAACACAAACAAAACCGGGAAAACGGCCUGGUUACAAUGGUGUCAAGGAAGAGAAUGAUGAAAUACCUCUUACAAAAACAAGCAAAGACACUAAACAUCUUAAAAGUGUUGUUGAAAAGGGUGCUGCUAGUCUCACAGCUUUAAAAGAGAGUAUAGACAAAGUCAGGAAUGGACCAGCUUGCUUGCCAUCAGURUGCUUUUACACUUUUCAAAAUGCUUAUCAAGGUGUUAGUUCUGCUGGAAUAUCAAAUGAUGGAAGUCUGUUGUGUGGUGGAUUUGAAGAUUCGUCCAUCCAUCUCUGGAGUUUAACUCCUAAAAAGCUAGUUAAACCAAAGAGUGUCACAGAUAUUUCAAAGGUUAUCUUGGCUCCAGAUGCUUUGCCACCUGAUAACUCUAGAAUCGAGACAGUAUCUGUGGAGGAACUUCCUUUAUUAGGUCAUAGUGGACCAGUAUAUGCCACAUGCUUCAGUCCUGAUGGGUCUGUGAUGCUUUCUGCUUCUGAAGAUACCACAGUUCGCCUGUGGAGUCUUCAUUCGUACAACAAUGUGGUUCUGUACARAGGGCAUAACUAUCCCGUGUGGAGCCUGGACAUCAGUUCUCAGUCCUACUAUUUUGCUACUGGUUCCCAUGACACUACGGCCAGGCUUUGGAACAUUGAGUACAAUUAUCCAUUGAGGAUAUUCUCUGGUCAUCUACAAGAUGUUGAUAGUGUGAAGUUUCAUCCCAACUGUAACUACCUUGCAACCGGCUCUACGGACAAGACGUGUCGACUAUGGGAUGUACAAGCAGGGAACUGCGUACGGUUAUUUAGAGGUCACAAGGGUGGYGUUUUGUCUMUGGCUAUUUCACCAGAUGGGAAAUAUUUAGUGUCAUCGGGUGAAGACAGGCGCAUACGAGUGUGGGAUCUUUCCGCGGGCAAUAUAUUAAAGGAGCUUCGCGGGCACACGGACACUGUAUAUAGUCUAUGUUUUAGUGCGGAUGGUACGUUGCUAGCGUCCGGUGGACUSGACAACCACCUGCGUGUUUGGGACUUUUCACAAGUUUCCAAAACCGCGCACACUUCAAGUAGUAGUAGCAGCACURUACAGUCGAGUGAACUCUUGGCUUCCUAYUCYACGCGRAAUGCAUCUGUAAACUGCGUGAAGUUUAGCUCGUGUAACAUGGUCUUAGCAGCGGGUACUGCCAAUGUCAAUUAGAAUAUAAUAUCCUGUAUAUAGAUUUGAUUAUAACAUUAAAAAAAACUAAAUCUUUACAGCCUUUGACGAAGAGGAAAUUCCAUAUCGUAUAUCACAUGGCUGACAUUGCUUGUAAGCAUCGUCCUCCUCAUCAGAGCUGUCAUGGGGUGAGCCCACAUAGCAAUGCAACUUGCUUUUCCUUGCCUCUUUCGAACUGCAGUUUAAUAACCUGAUAUACAAAGCUUGACAAAUCCUUGCAAAAUAAAGUUUAUUCUUACUAUA